UGCCAGACCACUGACUUGUCCUUCAAGCUUUCGCUCCGGUCUGUAGCCUGUGCUCUGUGCCCGCCACAAUUCUCUGAGAAGAAACGCUUAUAGGGUUUCAGAUUAACCUUCACACUCGAUCUUCUCCCAGAGGAAACGUUUUAAGGGUUUCAGAAAAAGCUUCACUCAAAAUCGGCAAGAAUGUUGCUUCAGCUUCCUCGCUUGACCAGCUCUCUGAGAGACCCCUUCGACGUCGACCAGGCCUAUCUCCAACGCAAAAUCAUCCUACAAAAUCAUAAUAGGCCUCGCAAUUCUGCGAGCUCACUUGAUGAGUCAGAGCUAGCGCGGAAGAUUGUACCCCGGUGGGAAGAAGCUUCGGUUGAAGUUCGACAAGCAUACAAGCAAUUUAUUGUGGCAGUAGUGGAGUUGAUCGAUGGAGAAGUGCCUUCGGAAGAGUUUCGCGUGGUGGCACUCGCUGUUUAUCGUCUUUUUGGCAGGCCAGGGGAGGAGGACAAUUUUGAUAGAAAUAUUGCCGAGAAGAAGUUAGAAUUGCAAAAACUUCUUGGUCACGUGGUUUCUGAUGCCAAUCUGCAGAGAGUUGCCUCCCUAGCUCAAAAACUGUUUGGGUUGACACCUAGUGAUCAUGGGCCUCCACUUGUGUCAGAGGGGCUUGUAAACGGGAGUGGUAAUGAUUUAGAAUUUGGCGCUGACCUUGUUUUUCAAUCACCAGCUCGCUUUCUGGUGAAUGUUUCUUUGGAGGAUGGAGAAUUAUUGGGUGAGGAAAGCACUGCACCUUCUUCUUCGUCCCAUGAAGGCUGGUAUGAACCUAAUGAGACUCGGCAUUAUCCUUCUACUGCUGAUGGGGGAAAUUUUAAUUUGAGUUGGUUAAGAGAUGCAUGUGAUCGGAUAGUUAGGGGAAGUACUUCACAGCUUUCCAGGGAUGAACUGGCGAUGGCCAUUUGUCGUGUGCUUGAUUCAGACAAGCCUGGUGAGGAGAUUGCUGGUGAUUUAUUGGAUCUUGUUGGGGAUAGUGCAUUCGAGACUGUUCAAGACCUUGUGUCGCAUCGCAAGGAACUUGUUGAUGCUAUCCAUCAUGGGUUUCUGGUAUUGAAAUCUGAAAAAACGGCUACAAAUGCUCAAUCACGUAUGCCAAGUUAUGGUACUCAGGUUACGGUUCAAACAGAGUCUGAAAGGCAAAUUGAUAAACUUCGGCGCAAGGAGGAAAAACGACAUAGACGAGGAACAGAAUUUGGGACUGAGAGUGACUUGUCUGCUGCAGAUUUUUCUUCUUUACUUCAAGCAAGUGAAAGAAAAAGUCCGUUCGAUGAUCUGAUUGGAUCUGGCCCCGGGUCCCAGUCCCUAGCAGUUACUGCUCUUCCUCAAGGAACUGUCAGGAAGCAUUAUAAGGGGUAUGAGGAGGUCAUUAUCCCCCCAACACCAACUGCACAAAUGAAACCUGGAGAGAAACUGAUUGAGAUAAAGGAGUUAGAUGACUUUGCUCAAGCUGCUUUUCGUGGCUACAAAUCUCUGAACCGUAUUCAGAGCAGGAUAUUUCAAACAGUUUAUUAUACUAAUGAGAAUAUACUAGUUUGUGCUCCGACAGGAGCUGGCAAAACAAAUAUUGCUAUGAUUUCUAUUCUACAUGAGAUUGGACAGCACUUCAAGGACGGUUACUUGCAUAAAGAUGAGUUUAAGAUAGUUUAUGUUGCUCCUAUGAAGGCAUUAGCUGCAGAGGUAACAUCAGCAUUUAGCCAUCGUUUAUCUCCAUUGAACAUGACCGUGAGAGAACUUACUGGAGACAUGCAACUUUCUAAGAAAGAACUUGAAGAAACUCAGAUGAUAGUGACAACACCUGAAAAAUGGGACGUCAUUACGCGGAAGAGCAGUGACAUGUCACUUUCAAUGCUGGUGAAACUCUUAAUUAUUGAUGAAGUGCAUCUCUUGAAUGAUGAUAGAGGCCCUGUAAUAGAGGCACUUGUUGCUCGUACCCUCCGUCAGGUGGAGUCAACACAAACAAUGAUACGUAUUGUGGGGCUUUCGGCUACUCUACCGAAUUAUUUGGAGGUGGCACAAUUUCUUAGAGUGAAUCCGGAGGCAGGACUCUUCUUCUUUGAUUCUAGCUAUCGUCCUGUGCCUCUUGCUCAACAGUAUAUUGGAAUCAGUGAGCAGAACUUUGCAGCUCGUAACGAAUUGUUGAAUGACAUAUGCUAUAAAAAGAUUGUUGAUUCAUUAAGGCAAGGUCAUCAGGCAAUGGUGUUUGUUCAUUCACGGAAGGACACAGCAAAAACAGCACAGAAAUUGGUUGAAAUUGGCCGAAAAUAUGAUGAUCUCGAGCUCUUUAAGAAUGAUACGCAUCCACAGUUUAGCUUAAUCAAGAGGGAAGUAGUUAAGUCCAGAAACAAAGAUCUUGUUGAACUUUUUGAAUAUGGGAUUGGUGUUCAUCAUGCUGGGAUGUUACGUACUGAUAGAGGUCUGACUGAGCGGCUUUUCUCUGAUGGACUCUUGAAGGUACUAGUUUGUACAGCAACUUUGGCAUGGGGUGUAAAUCUUCCUGCUCACACUGUUGUGAUUAAGGGGACACAAUUAUAUGAUCCGAAGGCUGGUGGUUGGCGAGAUCUUGGCAUGCUAGAUGUUAUGCAGAUCUUUGGACGAGCUGGUAGACCUCAGUUUGACAAAAGUGGUGAAGGCAUCAUAAUCACAUCUCAUGAAAAACUAGCCUACUAUUUGCGGUUGCUGACAAGUCAACUCCCUAUUGAAAGUCAGUUCAUUAGCUCCUUGAAAGAUAAUUUAAAUGCCGAAGUAGCAUUGGGUACAGUCACCAAUGUUAAGGAAGCUUGUGCGUGGCUUGGAUAUACAUAUCUUUUUAUAAGGAUGAGGUUGAAUCCUUUGGCAUAUGGUAUUGGAUGGGAUGAGGUUAUUGCAGAUCCUUCUUUAAGUUCAAAGCAAAGAGCUCUUGUAACAGAUGCUGCACGGGCACUUGACAAAGCAAAAAUGAUGCGGUUUGAUGAGAAAAGUGGCAAUUUUUACUGUACUGAGCUUGGUCGCAUUGCAAGCCACUUUUAUAUUCAAUACUCUAGUGUUGAAACUUACAACGAAAUGUUGAGACGCCACAUGAAUGAUAGCGAGGUAAUUGACAUGGUUGCCCACUCUUCUGAAUUUGAAAAUAUUGCUGUUCGAGAAGAGGAACAGAAUGAGCUAGAGAUGUUGGUGCGUACAUCAUGCCCGUUAGAAAUUAAGGGUGGUCCUUCGAAUAAACAUGGAAAAAUUUCCAUUCUCAUUCAGCUGUACAUAUCUCGAGGCUGGAUUGAUACCUUCUCAUUGGUUUCUGAUGCUUCAUAUAUAAGUGCGAGCUUAGCUCGUAUUAUGAGGGCUUUAUUUGAAAUUUGUUUGCGAAGAGGCUGGUGUGAGAUGUCUUUGUUUAUGUUAGAAUAUUGCAAGGCUGUGGAUCGGCAAAUUUGGCCUCAUCAACAUCCCCUUCGACAAUUUGACAAGGAUAUUUCCGCAGAAAUAUGUCGGAAGCUUGAAGAACGAGGGGCUGACCUAGAUCGCCUGCAGGAGAUGGAGGAAAAGGACAUCGGAGCACUGAUUCGUUAUGCUCAUGGAGGAAAGUUGGUUAAGCAAUAUUUAGGAUAUUUCCCGUGGAUCCAGUUAUCAGCAACUGUAAGUCCAAUCACCAGAACUGUUUUGAAGGUGGAUCUGCUCAUAACGCCAGACUUUACAUGGAAAGAUCGUUAUCAUGGUACUGCAGAGCGUUGGUGGAUUCUAGUUGAGGAUUCGGAGAAUGAUCAUAUCUACCACUCAGAACUUUUCACUCUGACAAAGCGGGUGGCUAGAGGGCAACCUCAGAAGCUUUCCUUCACUGUACCAAUAUUUGAACCACAUCCACCCCAAUACUACAUUCGUGCUGUUUCUGAUUCUUGGUUGCAUGCAGAGGCUUUCUACACCAUUUCUUUCCAGAAUCUACAACUGCCAGAGGCUGGUACUUCGCACACAGAACUUCUAGAUUUAAAACCUCUCCCUUUGACUUCACUGGGAAACAGUACUUAUGAAGCCUUGUACAAGUUUUCACAUUUUAAUCCUAUACAAACACAGACUUUCCAUGUCCUGUAUCACUCAGAUAACAAUGUGCUCUUAGGAGCUCCCACUGGAAGUGGGAAAACCAUAUCUGCUGAGCUUGCCAUGCUUCGCCUUUUUAAUACUCAGCCGGAUAUGAAGGUUAUUUAUAUAGCGCCAUUGAAGGCCAUUGUUCGGGAAAGAAUGAACGAUUGGAAAAAGCGUCUUGUCUCUCAGCUUGGGAAGAAGAUGGUUGAAAUGACUGGCGAUUACACUCCAGAUUUGAUGGCUCUCUUGUCAGCUGAUAUCAUAAUAUCUACUCCUGAGAAGUGGGAUGGUAUCAGUCGUAAUUGGCAUAGUCGAAGCUAUGUCAUGAAGGUUGGACUUAUGAUUUUGGAUGAGAUUCACUUAUUGGGAGCUGAUCGUGGUCCUAUCCUUGAGGUUAUCGUUUCGAGGAUGAGAUACAUAUCAUCACAAACAGAGCGUGCAGUACGGUUUGUAGGCCUGUCUACAGCUUUAGCAAAUGCAGGUGAUUUGGCUGAUUGGUUGGGUGUUGGGGAAAUCGGACUCUUCAAUUUCAAGCCAAGUGUGAGGCCUGUUCCUCUUGAAGUUCAUAUUCAGGGAUAUCCUGGAAAGUUCUACUGCCCAAGGAUGAAUAGCAUGAAUAAACCAGCAUAUGCUGCAAUAUGCACCCAUUCACCGACAAAACCAGUUCUUAUAUUUGUUUCAUCUCGUCGUCAGACAAGGCUAACUGCUCUGGACCUCAUUCAGUUUGCAGCUUCGGAUGAACAUCCAAUUCAGUUUCUUAAUAUGCCAGAAGAAGCGCUUCAGAUGGUUCUUUCUCAGGUCACUGAUCAGAACCUAAGGCACACCUUGCAAUUUGGCAUUGGGUUACACCACGCGGGUCUAAAUGACAAGGACAGAUCUCUGGUUGAGGAACUUUUUGCAAACAACAAGAUUCAGGUAUUGGUUUGUACCAGCACAUUGGCAUGGGGUGUGAACCUUCCAGCUCAUCUGGUUAUUAUCAAGGGAACAGAAUAUUAUGAUGGAAAGGCAAAGAGAUAUGUUGAUUUUCCAAUCACAGAUAUAUUGCAAAUGAUGGGCCGAGCUGGCCGCCCACAGUUUGAUCAACAUGGGAAAGCAGUCAUUCUUGUUCAUGAACCCAAAAAGAGCUUCUAUAAAAAGUUUUUGUACGAACCAUUUCCAGUUGAGAGUAGUCUGAGAGAGCAGUUGCAUGUGCACAUCAAUGCGGAGAUAGUUUCUGGCACUAUUUGCCAUAUGGAGGAUGCAGUGCAUUACCUUACCUGGACCUACUUAUUCCGUAGACUGACAGUUAAUCCUGCUUAUUAUGGCUUGGAGAGUACAGGUCCUGAAAUUCUUAGUUCAUAUUUAUCUAGGUUAGUGCAAAACACAUUUGAGGAUCUGGAAGACAGUGGAUGUAUCAAGAUGAGUGAUGACAGUGUGGAGCCUAUGAUGUUGGGUUCAAUAGCAUCCCAGUAUUACCUCAGCUACAUGACUGUAUCUAUGUUUGGUUCGAAUAUAGGUCCUGACACGUCACUUGAAGUGUUUCUGCAUAUUCUCUCUGCUGCUUCUGAGUAUGAUGAACUUCCUGUGCGGCAUAAUGAGGAAAAUUAUAAUGAAGCAUUGUCCGAGAGAGUUCAAUAUGCGGUGGAUAAGAAUCGCCUUGAUGAUCCACACGUCAAAGCAAAUCUGCUAUUUCAGGCACAUUUUUCUCAAUUAGAAUUACCAAUCAGCGACUAUGUCACAGACUUAAAGUCAGUGUUAGAUCAAAGUAUACGUAUCAUCCAGGCCAUGAUAGAUAUAUGUGGAAACAGCGGAUGGCUUUCAAGCUCAAUAACUUGCAUGCAUCUUUUGCAAAUGGUCAUGCAGGGUUUAUGGUUUGAUAAGGAUUCCAGCUUGUGGAUGUUACCAUCCAUGAAUGAUGAUCUUGCAAGUUUGUUGAACAAAAAAGGAAUUUUCACUGUGCAGCAACUGUUGGAUCUUCCUAAAGCAAAUUUGCAGACUGUAAUUGGAACCUUUCCUGCUUCAAGAUUAUAUCAGGAUUUGCAGAUUUUUCCCCGUGUUCAAGUGAAAUUAAAACUUCAGAGAAGGGACAUUGAUGGUGGAAAGGCUUCCACUUUGAACAUCAGAUUGGAGAAGAUCAAUUCCAAGUGGAGCACAACAAGAGCUUUUGCCCCCCGAUUUCCUAAGGUAAAAGAUGAAGCAUGGUGGUUGCUUCUUGGUAACACCUUCACCUCCGAGCUAUAUGCUCUGAAGAGAGUUUCUUUCUCUGAUCGCUUGAUCACCCACAUGGAGUUACCAUCGAAUCUGACGAGUCUCCAGGGGAUCAAAUUGAUUUUAGUGUCAGAUUGUUAUCUUGGUUUCGAACAAGAACAUCCCAUCGAACACCUUACCGAAUUUCAGCAACCAGACGGAAUGUGAAUACUUGAUAUUUUGGAUCCAAGGUGUUCACGAAUCAGAGUUCUAUACAGGUUUUCAGAAAUACAUUAUUUCAUGUCCUUUCCAAAGCAAACACAUGCAAAGCGGUGCCUUGCUGAUUGAAACUCCAAAGAGAUCUGUCGUGCACCACAUUUUUUACAUCAGCUGACAAGCUUUUAACAUUUCUUGCUGGUUAGAUGCUUCUAUUAUGUAUAUUUAAGAUGGCUUCAUAAAUGGAAAGAAAAAAAAUAUGUAGUACCAUAAAUAUUAGAGAUGCUUAUGUUACAGUUCGAUGCAUUUAUUUAUUCUGAGAGUAGAUACUUUAAAACAUGGCGUUUAUUUGAGAGCAAUCUUUUAGGAUUAUUGAGAAUCAAAGGGCUGAUUGGUUUGCGGAAUAGCUAGGCUCCCGAAAAGGGUAGGGGCUUUUUCCUUU